GACGCGGAGCGGCUCAUUCGUUGCGCGCUCGUUGAAUCGCCGAGACGUUGGAGUCGCCGUCGUCGCUGUCGUUGUCGUCGCGUGUGUGCAGCAAACAACAAAAUAAAAUAAGAUAAUAAAUAUUUUUUUGAGAAAAAAUAAAACCUGAUUUCUUUUAAAAAUUGCAUAAAUAACAUAAAUUUCAAAAUUAAAGCCCGAUAAAACUCGCUGAAGUAAAGCUAUCCUCAUUGUUGGGGCCAGCAGUUUAUCGAAAGGGGAAGGGGGAAAGUGGCGCCCAGAAGGUUGAUCCCACUUUUCCGUUCUACUUGUGUGAGUGCGAGUGUCUGUGUGUAUGGGUGAUUGUGAUAUGAUAUAUGAUAUGAGAGGGCUUUAAUCCAUCUCAAGGGGAGCUCCAUUGACCGGACUUUGAGGAUUUUCAAUUACUUAGAGCGCCAGCCACUCUCCCAAAGGAAUACUCGUCCGUCCAAAGAUCCAUACGACAACGAAUCCAACGAGGGAGGCGCAGGCGGUGGAGGAGGAGGAGGCGGAGGAGGUGUAGACGACUGUGGAGGUGGGCAGCAGGAGUAGAAGGCGCUGUGGAGGGACUGCGACCCAACUCGACUCCAAUUGCAAGUCGCGGCAAUCGCAGUCUCAAAUUAUAUGCCAGCCGCAGCAUUUCCAUAAGUUUUUGGUGGAAACUGGCUGCGAACAAAGCGAAUUUCAAAUGUGAACCAAUCACAAAAACUACGGCAAAAAAUAACCAAAAAUAGCGUGCAAGAAAAAAGAAAUAUUGUGAAAAGAAAACAACAAAAGAAACAAGGCAAAAGUAUUUCCAAAUUUUUGAAAGUGCAGUGAAAACGAAAGAUGAUUAAUUGGCAAUGAGGCAAAAUUGUUAAUGAAUAUAAAUUAAAACACCCAAAAAGAUACUGCAAAAACGCGAUAAAGCAACUUGCAUGUUCGCAGAAAGAGAGUUUGGCGCUUUUUUAAACGCCGGCGACUAAAGACGCGCUCGCGUUUUUCUUACAACAAAAAAAGCGGAAGAGAGAUAACAAAAAAUUUAAAGCGAGUUCAUUGCAUAAAUUUCGCGACAGUGUGUGUGUGUGUCUAGUCUAUGUGAAAAUGGCAGCUUCGGAGCAGAGCAGCAGGCGGCAGCUGGAGGCGAUAUUCAUCGCCACACCCCCGUCAACCCCCCUGAUGCACCACAACUCGGUGACGCGGACAACAACACCUCGCGAACUCCCCACAAUGUAUCACUUUGAUUUCGCCACAUUCAACACGGAGGCCGAGUUGGAAGCGCCCGAAUGCGGGCAGGAGGAGGAGCCCUCUUCGCCGCCACCGCCGCCGCUCACCAGAGGACUGCCGCUGCCCGUGCCCGAGAUAGUGGCCAUCAACCCCAGCGAUCUGACGCCCUGUCCGUGCUGCAGCCGCACCUUCAACUUGAAUGCCCUGCGCAAGCAUGUCGUCGUCUGCGAGAAGAUCUCAAAGAAGCGCAAUACCUUUGAUUCCUCGCGCCAGCGCCGCGAGGGCACAGCACUUUCCACGUAUGUCCUUCCCAAAAACUUUGGCCUGCCCAAUGCUGAGAAGGUGUCUGGAGUUCACACCCCCACCGCUGGGAGUCGGGAUCCCGUAGGCACGGGAUCCAAAAUACCAACAGACAGUGUGGGCUCUCCUCUGCCCAUUCGUCGCAACUCUCAAACCGAUCUGGUUCGCUCUACGGCCCGAGCUUCCGUGCGUAGAGCGGGGGGCACAGCAACAGGAACAGGAGCUGCUGCAACAUCGCCCGCAGGCGACCCAAACCAUGUACCAGCCCGCGAUCGCUCGCUGGCCAAGCGUAUCAAGGGUGUGGCCUCCGAGCACUGUCCCCACUGCGAGCGCAACUUCAACGUGAAGGCCUUCGACCGGCAUGUGGAGUGGUGCAAGGAGAAAGCGAUUCAGGCCACCAUUAAGCUGGCCAACACCCAGGAGACGUCGAAAGCAAAGGAACGGCUCGACGCCAGGAAGCAGUACAGGCCGCCCAAUCUCAAGACGAAGCGCUCGAUCAACCGGAACAAGUACUCCGGCAACCACGAGGAUCUGCUCGAAGCCGGCGACAUGACGGCCCCCAAGCAGAGCCUGAUGUCGCUCCCCUCCAUGACCUCGUCCGUGCACAGUGAUAACCCUCCUAAAGCAAAGAAGCUGGCACGGCCCCAACCAAAGAACGGGACGCCCGCAGUCCGCAGCAAGGCCGAGGGAUCCAGCACAAAAGUCACGCAAAACACAGUCACCUUGUGCGUGACCCAAGACGACGAUCCACCGGCAGCCCCAGCUCCGCCAAAGGAGCGCGUCCUACGCGCCAAACGCAAGCCUAUCGCGACUUGUGACCGCAUCACCGAAACGAUGGAUCGCUUGCGAAGCCAAUCCAGCGGUGAAACCCUCCAGCUGGACUGUGUGGAGGCGGCACCGCUGAAGCCAGUCGCCAGGCUCCGCAAAGGGAUGACCAAUCGGGAAAGGGUCGAUGCUGCCGAGAAGGAAAUGUCGUUGCCGGCACUCAAAUUCGAGGAUCUCAAUCGGUUGAUCAAGCGAAAAGACCCUACGACCAUCGUAAAAGCAACUAAAAUGGAUGAAACACCGCAGGAGGUGGUUAAAGUGAAGGUGCGUUCCUCCACAUCGCUAGUGCGGCAGGCACGUCGCCGCAUCCGCACACGGGAGCAUCCCAGCUUGGAGUUGCGCAACUUGGAGCAGGAAAUGACCCAAGCCUCGUUCCCGUCACCAUCAUCGCCAACUAAGAAAGCGAACUCCAUGCAGAUAUCGACCGAAGAUGAUAUGGAUUGCAGCCUUGUGCCUCUGUCGCGGAGACCGGGUGUUGCCUAUUCCGAUUACGAGGACGAUUCGCCGCGAGCCGAGAUCCAAAUCAAAAUGGAAACGACCACCACGCGUACUGUAUGCCGGCCCAAGAAGCGGACUGGCCAGGCCACCAUGGAGAUGAACAGCUCGUUACCCAUGCGGGCCCUGCCCAUGCCCCAGCUGCAGCAAAGCCUGGAGGCCCUCGGCCACACCAUGAGCCAUACCAAGCUGCCCAGACUGCAGCUCGGCAGCGAUCGCCUGCAGUUCGAGCGCGAUGUCAUUGAAAUGGAAAACGAAUCGAGUGAGCUGGAAUGGAGCGAGGAAAAUAUGAUGAGGAGGUCCGCGAAUAUCCUCGAACGCACGUCCAGUCCGAAUAGCGGAGAGUUCCCGCAGGUCGAGGACAGCGACGUGGAAGCUGAGAGCGAUCAGCCUGUCACGAAGCUGCCUCUUGUGGCCAAGCAGAGCGGCAGCAGGAUCAGUCGCUGUCUGGUGAUGCUCGAGCAGGACGAGGAUGGAAAAAUGUACAUCAAGGAGCCGCCUGCCAAGGACGACAGCCACCCGCUUCCCAGUUCCCGCCGCGGAGGCACCUUCAAAAGCGGCCUCAGUGGAGUCAGUGUCAGCGGCGACAAGUACGAUCCCUUCCUCUCGGCCAAACGUCAGCUGGAGGAGCUUUGCUCCCCCGGCACGCCGCCGGAGCAGGAGGAGGUUUCGGUUCCCCCAACAGCCACACUAACAGCCACACCAAGUCUUUCCAUGACCACCUCGUUGACCAUGCCGAGCAGCAAAGCACCGCCGACCACACCGAAACCCACACCUGCCUCCAACUUCCGGCGCACUUCCUCUCUACGAGGCCCCCGGCGGACACCGCUGCUGCCUAGUCGUCCGUUGUUUGCGACCAACUAUCGCCCCACCAUACAGCGGGGUCUCUCCGACGAGGGCCCCAUCUCCACGAACUUCCUCAAGCCGGAAGAGUACGACGAGAUGCCGGUGCGCGCCGCCUGCGUCAACGACUUCCACAGUCCACGCGUGGUCCGCCGGGAUACGAGUACGUCCAACCGCAAGCAGAUGCUGAAGCUACCGGUGGGCGUUGGCGCUGCCAGUGACACCACAGCUCAGGCACUGCCCGGGCGCAACGUGGCCAAGACCGACUCCCUGGCGGUGUUCCUUAAAUACGAACACGAGCUGGAAGAGCUGAAUGCCAAGGCAGCGGAGGUGGCAGCCGCCAGUCAGCUGACCAGCAAAGAGCUCAAGGAUAAGAGCAACAACCUGAGCAAGCAGAACUCGGCCAAGAACCUGACCACGUCCAGCAAUCCCGGCCAGCUGCCGCCCCUGACCUUGACCACGGUGACACCAUCAGCAUCAGCACCAGCCACAGCCCCACCCCCAGUUUCUGUGUCGGCCAAGGAGAAUAACGAGAAGAGGGUGCCCAACAACUACCAGCCCAUUGCCACCCCCUUGCGGCUGGAGCCCAUCAGCAGACCAGCGACGGCGACGCCAUCAGUCCAUCAGCCCGUCAGCGGUGUGGCGAACACCCUAACACCCAUCAAGCUGGAGAGCAUCUUCGGCUUUGGCCGUCCGGCCGCAGCGGGCGGCGGAGAGUUCAUCGACCCAAAGCUGAUCAACGCAUGCGAUAAUCUGCACGUGUCCAGCGGCGUAGCCUCGGAUGCCAGUUCCACGCCACAGCAGCUGUCGCAGAGCCGAAGUCGGAGCAGCUCCCAGUCGACCAUCACCUACGACCGACGUCAGUCCGGAGAGGCCAGGAAUCUGCUGAAGCGAAAGAUGCGCUUGGGACGCAAUCAGUUUCUGUACGAUGCCUCGCCGGAGGAUGGCGAUGCCUCGUCGGGGUGCUCCGCCGACGAUGAGGCUAAUCGGUCCUCAAUGGAGUACGACGAGCAGUGCUGGCAGCAGCAGCAGAAGCAACUACUGGCCAAUCCACUGCCCCUGGUCAUGCCGAUGGGCAACAUGCCCACCUUCGACGACUUUGACUUUGAGGAGUUUCUCUCCUCAUUCGAGAACGAGAAUGACGACGAGCAGUUCCCGCUGUUCAAAGAUUGUCGCGAAUUCCUGCUGAAUCGCACGACGAGCAGGCAACGCUCGUUCCAGAAAGCGACUUCGACACCACAACAGACCACUACAGCCACACUGAGACCGGCCACCACCAGUAGCAUCCUUCAGCCCAAGUCACAGCCCACUAAAGACCCUCACACCCACAGAUCCAACUCGAAUAGUUCGAAUAGCAAGGGAGGCGAGAAAUUGCAGAUGCAGAUGCAGCGCCAGCAAUCGAAUGCAUCCAGUGGUAGCAGCCACGACGAAAAGAUGCAGCAGAUGCCAGUGCAGAUGGUGGGGAAGAGGCCAGUCGAGGAUCAGCAGAAGCGGGAGAUCUUCAUCAGCAUCGAGACGGAGACAAAUGCCCACGGCCGUUCCCCAAUUUCUCCCGACUCGCUGCGCCACAUGGUGGGCAAUUCACAGACGCCCAUCGACGUGCUGCAUAUAGAGAAUGGCAACGAGCCGGAGCACGCUCGGUUCAGAAAGAUCAGCGAUACAGAGGACGCCUAUGUCGACGCCCAGGGCGGGCCUGAUGAUCGGGCCAGCCAGUUGGCUGGCAAUGCCAACAGACUGGCCCUAUUAUCGAGCGACUCCGUCCAGGUCAAUAACGCUAAAAAUCUGAUCCAGCAAAUGCAGAGCGAGUUUCGGCAACUGGGCGAGGAUGCCGGCGCCUCAAUCCGUACCCUGUUCAUCAGAAGACCCGAAGAGCAGGGUACAGCAAGGGAAUUGGAUCCGGAGCCAGUGCAACAGCUCCAGCAGCAGGAGCAGCAUCAGUUGAAGGCCAGCUCCCCCUUGACACCCUCAGCAUCAGCGGAUUCCGACGAGCUAAGCAGUCUCGAUGGUUAUCCCAUGUCCUCGUCCCACUCGUCUCGUCGCGGCGCUAGCUCCAAGCUAAGCUCCGACUCUGCCUAUGGAAGCACCAACUCCCCCUACAGCCUGUCGCGCCAGCGGUCCGGCGACCUACAACCGGGUACACCACGCAACCAGAAUCUGCUGCGUCCGCACACGGCCAGUGCCAAGCUGCCGAGCGCCAUGACUGAUGUCUCGACCCAGGCGCACACUGCCUAUGGCACUCUCAAGGCACGUCAGAGGCUUUAUGGCGGCGGCGGGGCUAUCAAUAGCAUUGGCAAUGGCAAUACCGACGGAGCAGAAUCCUCCAGUGGAUCGGAGCACUCUCUGACAAUGUCCACGCAGCAGCCGCAGGAACAACAGAAGCACAAUAGACCAGAUAGCAACUACAACUACCAGCAGCAGCAACAGCAGGUGCAAUCACAGCCAGUAUAUAACAACAACAACAACAAUGGGCAGGCGUCGCUGACUCCAACCGCAUCGCAGCAUUCCCUGCUAAGCUGUAACUCCGCGUCCAGCCUAAGUUCGAGUAUGAAGAUGUCCAAGUUCUGCCACGAGUGUGGCGGCAGGUUCAUCAUCGAGCACGCCAAGUUCUGCAUGGAGUGCGGCGUGCGGCGAAUGAUACUCUAAUCUCGGGUCUUAACCCCACGUAGAUAUUGUUGUACCCCAUCACCCACUCACAAAAUCACACCGCAACACACUCACCCUGAUGAUGGAUGCUGUUGACGAAGAGCGUCGCCUCCUGGGUUCGGGGUCUUUUAUAAGUGCAUACCAAAUGUAGUUUCUCACACGCAAGAGAGACAUCUAAGGAGAGCGUUUAAUAUGUCCUACACACAGAAUAAUAAUAAUAUUUAAUAUAUAUAUUUUAUUAUAAACCAAAAAUGCGAACACAAAUUUUUAUAUCGAACGAAAGGAGACAGUCAUUGCAGAAGUUCAUUAAAUUGAGGUUUCUCUAAUUAACUUUGCAUUUCUCGUUAAGUGCACAUUUCUCUGACUCAAAACAAACGUAAACCAUUAAUCACUUUAAAAAAGUAAAAUUGUUGAUUAACAAAGACUGAACGAAUUUAUACGGUAGGCGAUGGACAAAAAAAUUAAAUGAAUGACAGGCUCCUCCGCAAGCAAGAUCGUAACUAUUUUUAAACAUUUUUCGAAAACUAACGCAGCAACUCCAUUGUAUUGUAUUCUUUAUAAUCUGAUUACUAAUUAUAUAGAGACACUGCUUAAAUAUAUAUACUCUAAAUGAUAA